GCGUUGAUCAACGAUGAGGAUCAACACAAUCUUAUAAUGGACUUACAGAUAAUGCUCAAUGCUUGAAGUGACAAGUCGUGAUGUGUAAAACUAACGAGAACAAGGUUUUGAACGGUGGCAUAAAUGUCCUUUAAACAAGAUUAAAGAAUGGAUAUUGACAGCAGAGAAGCCUAAGUGUGCCCUUUUUUAUGCACUCACAUUUUUUUUAUUAAAUGGAUUGCUUUUAAGCGAGAGUGAUUAAACUGUGAUAAAGAACUCGUAGAUAUGGCAUUCGACAAUGUGCAACUGCGGAAUUAAUGUGAUUUACAGUAAUCUUUUAACUGAAAAACAUUCAAACAUAACUGCAGUUUGUCUAAUCCGUGAGGACAAACAACUUUACCUAUAAUUAAAAGCACAACAAAAUGUAUUGUACAAAUUAGUAUAAUGUAAAAUGCUAACUGAAUGAAUUUCCAAGAAUUUGAACCAGAAUAAAAAAAAACCUUGUAUCUUAUUGAAAGAUAUAUGUACGUACAUGACAAAUAAAUAAAGCAGAAGCAAAAAAAAAAUAAUAAUAAUAUGGAGAAUCUCGGCUAUAAGGAGGGCACCGCCAAGCCGCGACGUAUGGCACGCUCUAUCAGCGUGGUGACAAAAAGUGAACUGGAACAGCCGUUAGUCGGCAAUAACGCAAGAUUUAAAUCGAUACCGCCGAAUUUAAUGGUACGAUGGCGCAACAAUAAUGCUGACGCCAUGAUUGAAGCACAAUAUCCUACACCCGGUGAAUUCGAGUACAUGGAAUGCGGACCCUCGCCGCCAGCUGAAAGUGCUCCCAGCAUGUAUGAUAGCUUUGAGGAGCCCACCAGUGAACUGAGUGUACAAAUAUGCAACGACACUUUGCGCAUCAGCCUAAUCGAUCAAAUGAAGAGCGCCGCGGGGCGAGUGCGUUUUUUAGAGGAUAUCGAGCAAGGCAAUGUGAUUUCAGAAAAUGCAAAAACACAUUUCGAAUCAGCAUCGAAAAUCGAAAAGAAUCUCAGUUAUCUGUGGGCAGCUUUCUUAAAGCGAUGGGAUUUAUUACAAAGCUUUCUAGAUAUUGGCGCCGAAUUGAAUUUCUGCGAUCAAAAUGGGAUAUCAGCAUUGCAUUUAGGUGCCUUCAGCGGUUGCCUAUCGACUUUGAGUUUUCUCAUCGGCAAAAGUAUGAAUAUCAAUUUACAACCGAAAUGUUACACACCGCUCCAUUGCGCAGCCUUUGGCAAUUCCGCUGAAGCGGCAAAAUUUCUAAUCAAUAACGGUGCACUAAUCACAAUCGACACCAACAAACCAAACUGUGAGGAAAGUCUAUUGCAUUGCGCAGUGCGCGCCAAUGCGCUCGAGUGUGUGCAGCUAUUCAUUGUGGAAGGCGCAGAUGUAAACUCGCUAAAGCCAAAUGGCACCAACGCAAUACACCUGGCAGCAGAUUUGGGUAACGCACAAUGCUUGGAGGCGCUGCUGAAUGCACCCGGUGCUGAUGCUAACGUUCGCAUUUGCAUACGUGAAAAGGAGUCGACAGCCUUGCAUUUGGCUGCGGAUGAGGGCAAUGUUGAGUGUGUCGAUCUAUUAUUAGCAAAGGGUGCUGAUGCAAAGCUAAAAAAUCAUCGCGGCUUCACAGCAUUGCAUUUGGCGGCGCGUACAUCUAGUCUGGAAUGUGUUGAGUCGCUACUACGUAAUGGCAGUGCAGAUCCCAAUGCCGAAGAUUUCGAUCAUCGUACGCCCCUGCAUGCGGCGGUUGGUAAAUCGGAAAACGCUUUCGAUAUACUUGAAACCUUGAUACAGUGGGGCGCCAAUGUAAAUCAUAAGGAUAUUUAUGGAUUUACAGCAUUGCAUUUGGCUGCGCUUGACGGCUUGGCGCAAUGUGUGGAGAUGUUGAUCUUUCAUGGAGCGGAUGUGACUACAAAAUCGAAAAAGGGGACUUCAGCAUUGAAUGUCAUCACACGUAAAACACCAGCUUCUGUGGCGAUGAUACGCCAAAAGCUGGACGCGGCCAUUACCCUCCACCAUUCGCAGGAUCCAGUCAAUCGUGAAGUGGAGUUAGAGCUGGACUUUCGUCAGCUGCUGCAGCACUGUCAUCCUCGUGAGAUCAGCUAUCUGAAUACUUUCGUUGACGAAGGUCAGAAAGAAAUACUCGAGCACCCAUUGUGCUCCUCCUUUCUAUAUAUUAAAUGGGGGAAAAUACGUAAAUACUAUAUAGGACGCCUAAUAUUCUGUUUCACUUUUGUGCUCUUCCUUACACUUUACGUUCUGACCGCACUCGCGCAUAACUGCUACAACGGCAGUAAGGAUGACAAUACCACAAUACAAGCACAGGAAUUAUGCCAAAAACAGUCCAUACUGGGCGAUAUGCUACGAAAUAAUCCAUUCGUUAUGGAAAUGCAAUGGUGGGUAUUGGUCGCCAUCACAAUUGUGGAGAUAUUUCGUAAGCUCUACGGCAUAACUGGGUAUUCGACGUUCAAACAUUAUGUGACACAAGUGGAAAACAUUAUGGAAUGGUUCGUUAUAACCAGUGUUUUUGUUAUUUCCUACAUAUACACGAAACAGACAUACACCUUUCAAAAUCACAUCGGUGCAUUCGCGGUGCUUUUAGGUUGGACGAAUUUGAUGUUGAUGAUUGGCCAAUUACCAGUCUUCGAUGUCUACGUAGCGAUGUAUACUCGUGUUCAAGGUGAAUUUGCGAAACUGUUUAUGGCCUACUCGUGCAUGCUAAUAGGCUUCACGAUUAGUUUUUGUGUGAUCUUUCCAUCUUCUUCUUCAUUUGCCAAUCCUUUCAUGGGAUUUAUCACGGUCUUAGUUAUGAUGAUCGGCGAACAGGAUCUUUCGUUGUUGAUCAAUGAUCCUGACGGCAAGGAUCCACCAUUUCUAUUGGAGGUGAGCGCGCAGAUAACUUUUGUGCUAUUUCUACUCUUCGUUACAAUCAUUCUGAUGAAUUUAUUAGUUGGUAUUGCUGUACACGAUAUCCAAGGUCUGAAAAAGACAGCUGGGCUAUCGAAGUUAGUGCGUCAAACCAAACUUAUUUCCUAUAUAGAAUCAGCGCUUUUUAACGGUUAUCUACCGCCUUGGUUACGCAAUCUAUUACACUAUACUGCGCUUGUUUCACCACAGGCCUAUCGAGUUGUCUUGUGUGUAAAACCGCUUAAUCCAAGUGAAAAACGUUUGCCACGUGAAAUACUAAUGAAAGCUUACGAAGUAGGAAAAAUGCGAAAACAUUUUGGACAUACAAUUUCAGCGAAAGGGACUGCGGCAACUUAUUUACAAUACAAGAACAAAUAUAAUGAUAAUCAAGCCCAAAACUAUGCAGUAGACGACUUGGAAGCAGCACAUUUUAACACGAUAACGGCAAAAAUCGACGAUAAUGCAGAACGUAUUGAAUUUCUCACGCAAGAAAUUCAAGAACUGAAACAGGCAUUGAUUACGCAACAGCAACAGGCGAGCAAAGUGAUUGAUAAACUUUUGAUAGUAAUUUCAAACCAGCAAAAAAAUAAUUUAAGGAAAUAAUUAUUACAUAAAUUUGCAGGAAUAGAAAAGCAAAAAUUUGUAUUUGUAUUUGACAUACAUACAUAUGUACGAAAAUUUGUGAAAGUUUUACGGUUGUGUCAGAGUCGAGUAUUCAAAACAAUUUAAAGGUAAAACAGUGGAAAAAACAGAAAAUGUUUUUUUUUUUGCCUUAAAUACUUCAUAAUAUCCGAAUUUUAUUUACUUCAGAUCUACUCACGCAGCCGUAUAUUAUGUAUUGUAGUUUUAAGAAAAUGUUGAGAUAUUAUAAAAUUAGACAUAUAUGUAUGGCUUAGUAAAUAAUUAUUUAUAUUAUAUGUGUAGAUUUAAUAGAGAGGAGGUGGAGCAAAAAGUUGGAUGCGAAAUGAAUUUAUAACGUUUAAUAAAUUAGACAAAAAUCGCUGCAAACAAAAAGCAGCUAGUGUUAUUUAUAUAAAUAAAU